UAGAUGCUGCGCUCAUGGCGUUUAAAUUACUUCACCUGUACAGCUACGAGCGAUCGCGCACGAAUCGAGAUCCAUCCGUACGGCGUGUGCAGCUGCUGGACGAAAUGAUAUUCAGACAGAGAGCGCUGCAAGUGACUCGUUAGCUUUGCCAACUUGAGGGCUCCGUUCUUCCUAGCCGCGCGACCGGCCAACUGUAGUUUGAACAUUGUUGUGCGGUGCUGUUUCCGAACACAAGGGUACUGGUUGAUGAAGUUAAAAAAGUGGAGGUAAAUUUUUCCAGACUACCACAGUGCAGUGCCGUGCCUGCGUUUUACAGCCAAAACGCCAAACUGUUGCAAUGUGCCGUGAAGCUUGUGUAACUAAAAAGUAUGCGUAUUUGAGAUAUUUUUCGCUUGGAUAUCAUCGCUUAUGAAAUACAGUGUUGAAAAGGUGCAGAAAACAACCACUUUCAAGAAGUUAACGUAACGCGCUCGGUAAAAAACGGUAUAUUUGGAUGAGCUUAGCGGCCAUCAUUAUUAGAGAAGGUUGCAGUGCUGCCGCUGCCGGGAGUGGUGAAACGAAGAAGCUAAGGCUGGGCUAAUGAAAAUAGCGUGGCUCGUACUCAACUGGGAGCAAUUUGAAAGUGCAUAUGCGUGUGCAUCAUAAUAACCGUCAUCGUUAGAGUCAACCGUUGAAAGAAGGGUGAGACAACCAGUUUCACAUUUUACUACACCGCUUGUGGCCAAUUUCGGGGUAGCGUUUGUAGAGUGGUCCUUUUAACCUGGCCUAGCGGUAAACUGGAUAACUGCUUUCCGAAGACGCGUACCGUUUACGCUUAUCAACGUUAGUGUUGGAGUUUGCGGGUGCGAUCCCUUUUACCCUUCUACGCCACGAUACAGUGAAGAUGUUCGUGUGAAAAUUUCGGGUGAAAUUUACUAAAGUGCGCGCGCGGCAUUGUAUUUUGUUGUUAAAGCGAAAACGUAAAGUAGGCAAAAGCGCCUCGGGAAGAAAUCCAAGUGCCACCAGAAAGCGGCCAUGUGGUGCUAAAGCAAAAAAAAAGAGAGAAAAAGUGCUAUAGCUAAAACGUGUUCAUCUUUUUUUUUCCUACUUGGCUUGCCUGUUAAUGUGUGCAGUAUGGAGAAGCACCAGCAACAGCAGCAACAGCAGCAGUAGAGAGCUGCAAAGUGAGUGUGCGUAAGCGAGUGAAGUGAGCGUUGUUUAAGUGGAAGGGAGAAGGGAGAGUGUCGAGGGUGACCCACAGUGUGCAAUCGUGCACGCAGGGCAACGGCAAUCGAUCCUCCAGUCCCUGGCAACGGUCGAUCAGAGCUCGUGCGAAGGAGGCAAGAAGGGCUGGCAAACGGGUACAAGUGAGGCGGAAAACGGAAAGGCGAACCAUAGCUCGCAUUUUUCUGCAUUUGCUUGUAUUUUCAUUUUUACUUUCUGUCGCCUCUCUCUCUCUCUCCUUCUGUCCAUUUGUAUCUUGCUGCCGUGGGCCCGGUGUUCUGUGUUUGUGAAGUUUUGACCGCGUAUUGGAAUUUAAUUCCCUUUCCCCACAUUUCCGUCAAAGCGCGCGCUCACGCCGUGGCUUAACGUUAAAGACACAUACAAUGAAUUGGAUUUACAUCUUAGCCUGCAUUUAUGUAUCAUCACAAUUUCUGUUGCUCAAGGUUGCCGGAUCGGGGCUGUUUGAGCUGGAGCUACGCUACUUUCAAAACGAAAAAAGUAUCGACCACAAUGAAAAAUGCUGCUCCGAAAAGGCGGAUGCGCAGGGCCGCUGCAUCGGUACCUGUAAAACCAGGUUUCGGGCUUGCUUGAAGCACUACCAGGCCACGAUCGAUACAACCUCGCCCUGCACUUUCGGUGACGUCAUAACGCCUGUACUGGAAGGAACGACACUGAACUUUACAGCGAUCUCGGGCGCAAAGGAAGGCUUCACAAAUCCGAUACGAUUUCCGUUUGAGUUCGGUUGGCCGGGAUACUUUACACUUAUCAUAGAAGCGUGGCAUGAUACAAAUGAAACAACUACUCGAUCUCCAGGCACCCUCAUUUCCCGUCUCUCAAUUCAACGUAUACUGGAAGUUUCGGCCGACUGGAUGGAAGACAGUUACAACUCAUCGCACACGAUGAUACGGUAUGCGUUCCGGGUGACGUGCGAUCCGAACUACUACGGUGCAGGCUGUGCCAAUUUGUGCCGCAAGCGGGACGAUCAAUUUGGCCAUUACACCUGCUCACCGAUCGGUGAACGUGUUUGUCUGUCCGGCUGGCUGGGAGAAUACUGUACCGUUGCUCAAUGCACUCCGGGAUGCCUUCACGGACACUGCAACAAGCCGAACGAAUGCAUUUGCCAAUCGGGAUGGAAAGGUCCGCUGUGCGACGAAUGUGAACCGUAUCCUGGCUGCCUGCACGGUACAUGCAAAAAACCCUGGGAGUGCAUUUGCAAAGAAGGCUGGGGAGGGCUGUUUUGCAAUCAGGAUCUAAACUACUGUACCAACCACAAGCCAUGCCUGAACGGGGGCACCUGCUUCAAUACGGGACAAGGUUUAUACACGUGCCAGUGCCGUCCGGGAUAUAAGGGUACCGAGUGUGAACUGAGCAUCACGAGCUGCUCCGAUCACCCUUGUUUGCAUGGAGCCACCUGCACCUCAACAGUGGAUGGCGAAACAUCGAUGGACGCUGACGGCCGCAAAUAUCAGUGCCAUUGUGCGAAGGGCUGGAUGGGGCGGCACUGCGAACGGGAGGCUAUAACAUGCGCGGAAAAACCUUGUCAUCAAGGAACGUGCGUUGAUGUAACGCCUUCCUCAUCUUCAUCGUCAUCGACAUCAGCUAACUUCCGCUGUGACUGCCCACCCGGAUAUAGCGGGACAGCGUGCGAGAUCAAAUCUGGCGAAUGCUAUUCCAACUACUGUGCCAAUGGUGGUACCUGUCACGUGGCAGGAUCAUCUUCAUCAUCCUCCGCAUCAUCAUCCAUCAUGGCUUCUUCGCAAUCAUCGGCAUCAUCCUCGUUAUCGGCGCUUUUCGGAUCGGGAAAUAGCAACAAUAAUAAUGACGGAGGGAUUGGAAUGCUAAUGUGCCUCUGUCCGGAUGGAUUUGUUGGUGAUCGCUGCGAGGAAAAUGUAGACGAUUGCGUCGGCAACCUGUGCUUGAAUGGGGGCACGUGUGUCGAUGCAGACAAUCACUUUAAAUGCCAGUGUGUGCCCGGAUUCAUAGGAACACACUGCGAGGAAAAGGUGGAUCUCUGCCUCACAAAACCCUGCGCGAAUGGUGGCAUUUGUACGAAUCUUGAAAACGAUUACCGCUGCCAGUGCCGCGCAGGCUUCACCGGUAAGGAUUGCAGCGCGGACGUGGACGAAUGCCACUCUGCCCCGUGUCGGAACGGUGGCACGUGUAUCAACAGGGUGAACAGCUACCAAUGUGUUUGUGCUGGUGGCUAUCGUGGACACUCCUGCGAGGAAGAAUCCGCUACCGUCAUCCAACGUGAUGCGGACAUAGAAGGGAGUGAAUUUCAUCAUCACCACCAUCAUCCGCAACAGCAACAACGGCACAGUGGAGGAGAAGGAGUUGACUCCAGCAGUCGCACCGCGGAUGGGUUGAGCAGUGGUCAAAUCGUUUUAAUAGCGAUGUUCUCCAUUUCAACACCACUGUUGGCGUUCAUUGCGACUACGAUCGUUAUCUGUCUCAAGCGCAAGCGCCAACGGGAACAAGAAAAGGAUGAUGCGGAAGCGAGAAAACAGAAUGAACAAAAUGCUUCCCACAAUCUUUCCGCAUCCUCACAUCACCAUCAUCAUCACCUGCAACAGCAGCAGCAACAUCAGCAACAGCAACAGCUUCACCAUCAACAGUCGUCGUCGUCGUCGUCCACGUCUUCCGGUGCUCUGCUCCAUUCAUCUUCGCAACAGCAACAACAACAACAAUACCAUAAUGGAUUUCACAACCAUCUCCAGUCCUCAGGCCAGAAGCGGAAUAGUAGCAAUACACUUUCAAACUUUGACAGUUCGCAUCAUAUGAUUAAAAACACGUGGGAUAAGAGCAUCAACAACAUGCCGUCACCACCAACAACUGCAAGUGGAAGCGGCGUCAGUAGCAGUGGAGGUGGCGGAACCGGUGGUUGCAGUGCUGGUGGAGUUGGUGGAAGUGUCGGGUCCGCAGCACUUUUGCUCAGUGGAGCAAAUAUGGACGAUAAUGGCUGCCUCAUUGCUUCGGCGGCGGCGGUAGGUAGCAAUGGCGCUGGAAGUACUGGAAUGGGUGGCGUCAGUGGUGCAGCUGGUGCAUUAUUGUAUUUAAGCACUUCCGAUGAUGGACCGACGAUGGCGUCCUGCUCGACAUUACAACGUGCCAAAUCACAGAAGCAGCUCAAUACAGAUCCCUCACUGUUGUUACAGCAGCAGCAACAGCAUCAAAAUCAUCAUCAUAGUGUGAUAUUAUCACAAACGUCGGCUUCAUCUCUACAUCCGUCAGCAAGCGCGGCAUCGGUAGGAGGGGGCACUGUAUUAUCGUCGCCAGUGGUAUCCUCUACGGGUACACCCUGUUCCAAUGGAAGUGGGAAGGAUAUGUUUGACAAACGCAUAUCGGUUCUAUCCGAAUCGGGGAGAUUAUGUCAUCCUCGGUGGAACGGUGCAACUUCAGCUGGCGUAGUGGGAGGCAGUCCUUCGGUUGUAGGACCUUGUAGUCCACCACACAUUUAACCACUAUCGCUUUGUUACACUGUAGGACGCAGUCAACAGCCGUUCUAUUUAAGUUCAUUUCAACCAAAAGAGAUCUAGAAAAGAUCAAAAACACAUACAUACACACACGCACAUAUAUCUUUAUGUAUAUAUUUACAUAUAUAUCUGUGUGUGUAUUUACACACUUGAGUUACUGAAAAUAUGGGUGUCCGGAUCUCAGAUACCAAUCAUGCUUUAAAGACAAAGGACAAAGUGUAUAGUAUGAUUGAUUUUAUGUCUUUUGCAAUCGUAGUAUAUGACAAGAUCAGCCUUCGGGUAUGAUCAGACGUGACAUAUCUGCACGAAUAUUGUCCUAUGGUUUCCUAGUUAUUGAUCUUAGGAUUUUUAUUACUUUUAUUUCUUUUUGUCAAAUGCUAUAUUGUGUGAGGAUUUUUUUGGUACUUUUUAACAGUCACUAACUUUGAACAAAUGAUAUUCUUUCAUGCUUUCAUCGCUCAACGCAAAAUAUUUGUUUGUUUUUCCAUCACCGAAAUAUUCAAUAGAACCGUUGCAUAAUUAUGCAAUACCGUUUUUUUCGCAGCGGUGAUUUUAAUUACAAUAAAGUGGGAAAUAACUAUGACUUUAUUGCAAUGCUGUUAAUGCGGCACUGAGUGAUGAUAUUGUGUGUGUUAAAAACUACAAUUAUUUAAGUGAAGUUCCUAAACAAAAAAACACGCACUUUUAAAACAUAAAAAUUCACAUUUUAAUAUUAUGUGAAAUUACCGUAAAAUCUGAUAAAUUUUUCAUCAAAUAUGUGUAUUGGUAUAUUGUUGCAAAUUGCUAUUAAAAAAUAAUGGCAACAUUAUAAGCAAGAGCGUAAUAAAGCUCUAAUUUGAAUGCAAUCAACUAGGGCAUACAUUUUUGGUUCUCUGUGACACGGCACAUCUUUCUUUUCUUUUUUAGUUCGCUCCAAUUGGCCAGUAAGUACUUAAUGGAGCGAAAUCCUUUAACAUACAUUGUUGUUGCUUUUGUUAUUCCUCACAGUUAUACAAAAACAGUUAACUAUUAGGUUUAUUUUCACACCGUCAUGGUACAAGAGUUUUGUUAGAACAACUCGUCAUGAUGAUUAAUAAUAAUUAUAGUUAUGUAAUUCAGGUUUAUGCCGUCAGUGUUUGUGUGUGUUUUUGUAUAGAAUGGAACAAAAAGAGCGCGAAUUUAGUAGAAGUAUUACAAUCAAGCUAUCUUGAUUUGCUUCAUCGUCGUAUUAGCUUAUCUCGAUAUUUUGCCAUGCAACGUGUUAUAUUAAAACAUUUAGAGAAAUAUCAUACAACUUUAUACAAAAGAACAUAACCAUUGAUGUUUUCUCUCUAUGUUAUUCCAUGUGUGUCUAUUUAAAGAUUAUCUCUCCCGUUCUGUCUCCCUCUUCCUAUCUCUCUAUCCCUCUCUCUGUCUCUGUUUGAAACUUACUUUUGUUAAAUGAAUAGUUAUUAUCCACCAAUUACCAAUUUCUACACGAAAUGUGAAGCAAGGCUAAAACUGAAGUUUUGUUGCUUUUGUGAUUUUACCAUUCACAUCGUAUCGUUUUGUAAACCAGAAAAGAUUUUGAUGUGAAUCAUUGAAUACAUGACAGCACGGUAUUUAUUGGAUGUAAAUGCACAAUUGUUGUUAUUUUUGAUGUGCCGUUCAUUAAUUAAUGUACGGCAUAAAAACAAUUUCCUAAAGAAACAAACAUAGAUCAUUAGUUUUGCAACAUCCACAACAAUGUAAAAAAAACCCCUCUGAUAUCAAACGCGGCCACAUAGCAUUGAGCUGGCUUUAUCUAACUCUCAUGAUCAGACUGGGCACCAAAGCAACAAAAGUUCUUUCAAAUGAAUUCAUCAGUAUCAUCAACAUAUCUUUCUUUUUCCUUUUUACACAACUGUAGGAUGCUUCAAUACGUAAACUUUUGUACUAUUAACUUAAAAAAAGUUACACCACCUUUGGUAAAUAGUAAGUACCAGGAGUCCACUAUGCUUUUUUGUGGCAAAAAAUGUGAUACAGUAUAGUAUAUAGAUAACCAUUUAAAGAGAAAAUGAGAGGUAAUAAUAAUAAUAAUAAUUACAAUAAUGUUUCAUACGAUGAAAAUCAAAGGGAAAGUAACAAAUUGCGUCAUGUGCGACUUUCUCUUAUUAUACUUAAAGUUUUGAAACAACUAAGCAAGCAUUCGUAAAAGGAAGAAUGGAACCAAGACUAAGUCAAUUAUUAAGAACACUCUGAGAAUGAAACUAUCCUACGCUAGGAGUGGACAAUGCAUGGCAGACUUGAAAAGAAAACUUAAUAACAAUUACUAAUGCCCAUCUCUCCAGUUAAUGCCUAAGCCAAUAAUCCAUGUAGAACAGCCAACAGUAAAUAGCAUUACAUCGUUAUAAGGCAACGAAAUGACUGAACAGAAAUUGUACAUGUUAGCGGAUAUUAUUAUAUUACUAUAUUGACAGGAGAUGAACAAGUUAUUGAUUAUUUGACCGAUUAAGAAAAUAGAUGGUAAUAUUAUACAGAGAAAAAAAACAUGUAAUAUUUUUCGAGGGGUGCAACCAUUUUUGAACGCUUAUUCUAUUGAAGAGCGUACGUAAUUUCAUUGCCCUGCAUCAUAACGCGAAGAUUGGAAUUGGCUCUUCAUUCUGUACAUGGAGAAAAUGUAUUUGUAUCUAUUUAUUUAUCGCACUUGCUUCCAAGUGCGUAUUCCGCAAGGAGUGAAUGUGAAAGAUCAGCAAUGGUUUGGGUUGUGUACCAUUUGAAUCAACAUCUUCUUUGUAUAUUAUUAGAACGCGUGAAAUAAAAUACUAUAUAUACUUAAAUAUAUAUAUAUUUAACGUGUCAAAAAUACGAAACGAAGAUUGUACAAAAUAGGUGUUUGAAACCAAAACAGUCAACCACGCCAAGCAAGGGUGCAUUUUUCCGUGUCCUUCAAUCGAUGUAUUGAUCAAGAGCAGUGUACAGUAGCGGAUUUUUAUAUUAGUUCGUAAACUAAAAUGUAACAUAGAGGAAUAAUGUUAUAGGAAAAAUGUAAUCAAACGAUUGAAGUGUAAAUUGUAAGAACAAAAGGUCGGAUGGAUGGCUACACAGUGUUCAUGCUGAUAUUUUGUAUUAAGAUCUUAUUAUAAUAAAAUAAUGAAACAAAUUGACUUUAAUCGAA